AACAGCAGAAAGUGGAAUCACUGAAAGAAGGGAGUAAUGAAGUAUUGGAGACAAGCAGCCUCUCUUAUUGUGGCUGCAAAUCGUACAAGAAAUGUAGCCAACAUUCCACAGACUGUAUACGGUAGCACUGAAAACCCAUCAAAUCCAGGCAAUCAGCAAGGCCAAAAAACUAAUGCCAAUGAUAAAGGCAUCGUACGGAUUCCCCUCAAAAAUGACGUCGAUUACUCGGUGUUGUUGCUGCAGCGAGCUCAAUCAAGUACCUUCUUUGCAGGUGCUGAAGUCUUUCCAGGUGGUGCUGUUGAUGAUGCCGAUUUCUCUUUAGACUGGGUUGAGCUUUUUAAAGAAGCUGGUAUAAACUCAAUUGUUGACUUUGGAAAGAUGCUUACAAUCCAGGGGGAAAGACCAUUAGUUUUUACAGAAAAAAGAGAGACAUCAUCACCAUCAACAAUACCAAGUGAGCUAGCAUUUCGAAUAUGUGCCAUCCGAGAAACCUUCGAGGAAGCCGGAGUUCUAAUGCUGAAGUCGUUCCAGGAUGUCCAAAACAACCAAUGCACAGAGGUUACAUUUGCAAAGAAUUACCAGCACCCAAGUCUGUCAGAAAGCAAAAUUGAUGAAUGGAGACACCGUGUUCAUGAAGAUGCACAUCAGUUUAUACUGUUGUGUCGGUCUCUUCAAUGCAUCCCAGAUGUGUGGUCAUUAAUGGAAUGGAGUGAUUGGUUGACACCUUCUACAAACAAGAAACGUUAUGAUACCAUGUUUUUCAUGUGCUGCAUGAAGGAUGUGCCUGAGGUAAAGCAUGAUGCAAAAGAAACAGUACAGGUGAAAGUAAGUCUGAAAAUAUUUCUGUAAUCAUGUACAUGGUGG